GUCAUAAACAUUGAAGAGUUCCACUACACCACUUCCGGUGUUUACAAAAAUGUCGCUGAUAUUGGGAGACGAAGAGAAGAAAGAAAUCGAAGAACAUCAAGGUGAGGUACAGGCGAAUGUGGUGGAGGAAGAAGUAGUGAAUACUGAGUUGGACAAGUACUGGAAGGCCGUCCGGGACAACCCAGGGGACUUCACAGGCUGGACUUACCUCCUUCAAUAUGUGGAGCAGGAGAAAAAACUUGAUCAAGCAAGGAAAGCUUAUGAUGCCUUCUUUGAACAUUACCCUUACUGUUAUGGCUACUGGAAGAAGUAUGCAGAUAUGGAGAAAAAGCAGUCAGGGCCAGAGAAAGCAAUAGAGGUGUUUGAAAGGGGCACACAAGCCAUUUCCCUGAGCGUAGAACUAUGGUUACAUUACAUAAACUUUUACACUGAGGAAUAUGGAAAAUUGGAAUAUGGACAAGAAGGAAUUCGAGGAAUCUUUGAGAAAGCUGUUACAGCCUGCGGUAGAGAUUUCAGGUCAGACAAACUGUGGGACGCGUACAUUUCCUGGGAAGAAAACCUGAUCAAUAAGACCACCUUGUAUGAUCGAAUACUACAGAUCCCAACACAACUGUAUAGUCAUCAUUUUGAAAAUUUCAAGCAUCAUGUCUUAUCUCAUCAUCCCAAAGAAAUCCUUACUCUGGACAACUUUCUCCUGCUCAGGAAGGAGGUGGUUGUGGGAACGUCCGAGUUAAAUCCAGAGGAGGAAGCGGCAGGGGACGACGGACCCCCAGGGGUGAUAGGACCACCUGGGGAGGACGCCCCUCCUGGCAUGGAAGUAGAAGGGGAAAAGACUGAUGACGAGGAGGCAGGAAAGCUCAGAGACAGAAUCAUCAACGUGCGAGAAGAGAUAUUUAAGAAAACGGAAGAUGAAGUGAGCAAGCGGUGGAAUUAUGAGGAAGCUAUCAAGAGGCCAUAUUUCCAUGUUAAACCACUGGAGAAAUCCCAACUGAAAAAUUGGAAGGAGUAUCUGGACUUUGAGAUUGAGGCUGGGGACCAUGAGAGGGUGGUGAUAUUGUUUGAGAGGUGUAUGAUAGCUACAGCCCUGUAUGAAGAUUUCUGGCUCAAGUAUGCCAAGUAUAUGGAGAACCACAGCAUUGAAGCCGUCCGUCUAGUAUACAUGAGAGCCUGCAGAAUCCAUCUGCCAAAGAAACCAUACAUAAGUCUGGCCUGGGCAGCAUUUGAGGAGCGACACAGAAAUUAUGAGCUAGCAUCCCAGAUCCUGUCGGAGUUGGAUAACAACGUCCCUGGAUUGGUGAUGGUAAACAUGAGGAAGAUCAGCUUGGAGCGACGGAAGGGAAACACAGCAAUGGCAGAAGCACUGUUCCAGGAUUACAUCAACAACGCCUCCCAGCCCGAAAUUUCCUCCUUCUUCUCCAUCAAAUUCGCCCGGUAUCUCCUUAAGAUUAUUGGAGAUACGGACCGGGCACGCACCACCUUACAGUCAGCUAUAGAAAAAGACAGGGGGAAUAUUAAGCUCUACCUGCAGCUACUAGACUUGGAGUACCAGUGCCGACCAAUUAGUGAAGAAAGGGUCAUCAAAAUAUUCGCCUCCAUCCUGGACUGUGAGAAUUUCCCUCUGGAAACCAAAGCCAAGAUGUCUCAACGCAAGCUGGAAUUUUUAGAGGAUUUCUGUGCUAGUAUUACUACUUUGAAGGAAUCAUAUGAUGAACAUCAACGGCUGAUGAAGGAACUUCACAAUGAGAGGAAGAAGAGACCUCUUGAUACUGUAACGAAUGAUGAACCUGUUGAGAAAAGACCAAAAGUGGAAGGAACACAAAAUGGAUCCGGUGAUCAAAGUCAGAUGACGGGAAUGGACCCUUAUUAUGGACACUGGGGAUCGUAUGCAAAUAGUGGUUACUCCUACCCACCCCAGCAAUGGGGUUACGGACAGCACUACUACCCGUCAUGAGGCAGCUGUCAUGCAUCUUCUUCACCUUCUUUUGCUCAUCAGAUUCUCAUCAUUUUGUGAUUGAGGUUGCGGUCAUGACCAUUAGUUAUAUCAUAGAAAUUGACUUGGAUGAAGCCCGCAUUGUUAUGUUACAGGGCUCGGUAUCAUUGCCAAAUUGCCACCAAUUAGAAAAUCUGAUCUGUGUAUUUUGUUGUGAUGAACUUUAAGAUGCCAUCAUUGUGAUUGAUAUAAAAUCAUGUAUUGAGAUUUACAAGUAAAAUAUUGUAUUUUAAAA